GAUUGUCAUCAGCUGCCCCGUAAUCAAAUCCGCCGUCACUGCAAGGUCGAUUUGUCCUGCGCGGGCUGAUGAACAGAUAGUUCAGAUAGUUCGUGAACAGAUAGUUCACGAGUAUGACCGCAGUCAAGUAGAAUUCCUCUAAGCGCCGGUGCGAGAGUAAGGAAGCUUCCGAUCUAUCAAACAACUUGCCCGAAUCCUGACCGGCAGUGUUCUUGGAAAGAGCGGGAAGGUGCGAAGGGCCGAUCGACCGGUCAAGAUGAGCCCCACGUCACUUGUGCUGCUGGCCGUUUUUCUACACGCUGCUGAAGGGCAAAACUUCGCCGUUCGAACCUUCACUUCAAACCGCCACAGCCACUCGCACGCGGGACUUCCCGCUGACCAUAACCUGGGCGUUCAGGCUCAUGGACACCACAGUCACGCCCAGCCUACCGACCAGCACACACACGCUGGGUACGUUCACCGCCCUCACGCUAACGGUCAUCAACAGGGAAAUAUCCCUGGUUCCGCUGCUCACCAGCACCAAUUCAACCCGCCGCACUCAGCAAUGCUCGGAUUACUCUAUCAUGGUCAGGGCCAUCAGCACCCGAACAACAACCAGCAUUCCUCAGUGUCCACGCAAGUACCAUCGAACGGAAACAUGGUUUCAGUCAUGGUGUGUAACAUCGCCCAAGUCCCUGUGGUCAAGCCUGCGUCUCCCGUCCUGCCCAAGGCAGAUUCCAGUUCUUCGAGUUCCUCCGGGUCGCCCCAGCAUGUCUUCCGCAACAUUACAUCUUCGAUUGGAAACGUCGUUAGCAGGGUAAUUAACCCGGUGGUGUCCCUCCUUCACAAUGCCUCAGUUUGGUUCAACCGCACCGCCCAUCGUGAACAGAGCCACAAUGCCCAGCAUCACCAGCACAAUUUUACUGUUCUCAACCACACCGGCAAUCGCGACCAGGGCCACGAUGCCCAUCACCACAGCCAGCACAAUUUCACAGUAGACAAAGCGGAUGUAGUGCGAAAGAAGUUUGCUGCCCUCACCAAGCUCAGCCGCAACCAGACUCAUCCUUCAAGCAUGACUGCUCGUCCAGCCAUCAUAACUGAGGCCACUACGACGUCUGGUCCAGCGCUCAUUGUGACAAGCGUGGUUCCGGAUACAGAGAUAACCACUCGGGCUAAUCCGAGCACAGUGCCUGUUCUCACUAGCACACUAGGCGCCAAUGCCUCUUCUCUGAGUCUCCAUAUUGUACGCUCUCGCUCUUCCACUAUCCUAGGCCCAGUUACUGCUUGGACAGAUGGUCUCUCACUCAUCCCUGAAAAAUGUACCCCUGAAAUAUACGAUGCGACCUCCAAUGCUAAUUUUACAAUGCCGGCGUCCGCAGCCCAUUACACUGUCCUACCUACCACUUCGGUGAACGUAUCUCUUUCCCAACCUGAAGACCAGGUGCAAGGAACCACUGCUGCUUGAACUCUAGAUGCUGAAACGUUGCUUGCCGACUCUACAACGCGACCAACGCAUGUACCUACUUGCAAUGAACCCGCGGCUUACUUAUUCGCCAGCCUUGGACGCUGUCUCCUUGUGGUCUUCCCUUCUUCUGUGAACGGCCGCUGCGUAUAAUACUCUCGUCCACAGUCCAACGUCCGAGCCGCUUUUCGAAAGGAUGCAGACAACUGUUCCCGCUACCAGAGCUGCCCCGACUCUGCCCAUCGCACUGGAAGGCACGUCAUUCGUGUCUCAGGAUACAUUACAAUCUGCACUCUCCAACGCGGUGUACUUAACGAGAACGACAUCCGCUGCCUUUCAGCGCUGGCCUAUCAAACGUAUACUUCGUAAAAUUAGCCUGUAUGGACAUUCUUAAGCUCGUUUGCAUGUUUUAACGCCCAUCUUUCCCACUCAUUAUGUCUGUCGAAUUGCCAGGCAAUAAACGCAGUAUUUUUAUCUUAA